AUGGAUCCGGGGCCUCCGGCGCCCUCCUCCGGCGUCCCCAGGCUGGCCCGAGUGGGAGAGACGCCGCCGGCCGCCUCCGGGGUGAACCUGCCCGGCGCGGCCGUGUCCGCUCCGCCGGAGGAUGCUGCGGCCGCUAGCCGGGGCGGCGGCGAGGGCGGCUCGGCGGCCGGGGACGGGCUGGGCAGACCGCUGGGGCCCACCCCGAGCCUGAGCCGCUUCCAGGUGGACGUGGUGUCCGAGAGCGCGGGGCGGGCGGCCGCGGCGGCCGGGGCCGGGGCCGGGGCGGGGAGCAGGGAGACCUCGGUGGAUGGGAAAGCCAGCGGCGAGAGCGGGCCGGCCAAAGGCAGCGAGGAAGCCAAGGGCCGCUUCCGCGUGAACUUCGUGGACCCGGCCGCCUCCUCGGCCGAGGAGAGCCAGUCGGAGGCGGCGGGGGUCGGCGGCGACGGGCCCAACGUGAGUUUCCAGAACGGAGGGGACACGGUGCUGAGCGAGGGCAGCAGCCUGCACUCGGGCGGCGGCGGCAGCGGGCACCACCAGCACUACUACUAUGACACCCACACCAACACCUACUACCAGCGCACCUUCGGCCACAACACCAUGGACGCCGUGCCCAGGAUCGACCACUACCGGCACACCGUGGCGCAGCUGGGCGAGAAGCUGCUCCGUCCCAGCCUGGCGGAGCUGCACGACGAGCUGGAGAAGGAACCUUUUGAGGAUGGCUUUGCAAACGGGGAAGAAAGUACUCCAACAAGAGAUGCUGUGGUUACAUAUGCUGCGGAGAGUAAAGGAGUUGUGAAGUUUGGCUGGAUCAAGGGUGUAUUAGUACGAUGUAUGUUAAACAUUUGGGGUGUGAUGCUCUUCAUUAGAUUAUCAUGGAUUGUAGGUCAAGCUGGAAUAGGUCUGUCGGUCCUUGUAAUAAUGAUGGCCACUGUUGUGACAACUAUCACAGGAUUGUCUACUUCAGCAAUAGCUACUAAUGGAUUUGUACGAGGAGGAGGAGCAUAUUAUUUAAUAUCUAGAAGUCUAGGGCCAGAAUUUGGUGGUGCAAUUGGCUUGAUAUUCGCUUUUGCCAAUGCUGUUGCAGUUGCUAUGUAUGUGGUUGGAUUUGCAGAAACUGUGGUGGAGUUGCUUAAGGAACAUUCUAUUCUUAUGAUAGAUGAACUCAAUGAUAUCCGAAUUAUUGGAGCCAUUACUGUGGUGAUCCUUUUAGGUAUCUCAGUAGCUGGAAUGGAGUGGGAAGCAAAAGCUCAGAUUGUUCUUUUGGUGAUUCUCCUACUUGCUAUUGCUGAUUUCAUCAUAGGAACAUUUAUCCCAUUGGAGAGCAAGAAACCCAAAGGUUUCUUUGGUUAUAAAUCUGAAAUAUUUAAUGAGAACUUUGGACCAGAUUUUCGAGAGGAAGAGACCUUUUUUUCUGUCUUUGCCAUCUUUUUUCCUGCUGCAACUGGUAUUCUGGCUGGAGCAAAUAUCUCAGGUGAUCUUGCAGAUCCUCAGUCAGCCAUACCCAAAGGAACACUCUUAGCCAUUUUAAUCACUACGGUGGUUUACGUAGGAAUUGCAGUAUCUGUAGGUUCUUGUGUUGUUCGGGAUGCCACCGGGAACGUUAACGAUACUAUUGUGACAGAGCUCACAAACUGUACUUCCGCAGCCUGCAAAUUAAACUUUGACUUUUCUUAUUGUGAAAGCAAUCCUUGUUCCUAUGGCCUAAUGAACAACUUCCAGGUAAUGAGCAUGGUGUCAGGAUUUGCUCCAUUGAUUUCUGCAGGUAUCUUUUCAGCCACUCUUUCUUCUGCAUUAGCAUCCCUUGUGAGUGCUCCCAAAAUAUUUCAGGCUCUAUGCAAGGACAACAUCUACCCAGCUUUCCAGAUGUUUGCUAAAGGUUAUGGGAAAAAUAACGAACCUCUUCGUGGUUAUAUCUUAACAUUCUUAAUUGCACUUGGAUUCAUCUUAAUUGCUGAACUGAAUGUUAUUGCUCCAAUUAUCUCUAACUUCUUCCUUGCAUCCUAUGCACUGAUCAAUUUUUCAGUAUUCCAUGCAUCACUUGCAAAAUCUCCAGGAUGGCGUCCUGCAUUCAAAUACUACAAUAUGUGGAUAUCGCUUAUUGGAGCAAUUCUUUGUUGCAUAGUGAUGUUUGUCAUUAAUUGGUGGGCUGCACUGCUGACAUAUGUGAUAGUCCUUGGGCUAUAUAUUUAUGUUACCUAUAAAAAGCCAGAUGUGAACUGGGGAUCCUCCACACAAGCCCUGACUUACUUGAGUGCCCUGCAGCAUUCCAUUCGCCUUUCUGGAGUGGAAGACCAUGUGAAAAACUUUAGGCCACAGUGUCUUGUUAUGACAGGUGCUCCAAACUCGCGCCCAGCUCUACUUCAUCUUGUCCAUGAUUUCACAAAAAAUGUUGGUUUGAUGAUCUGUGGUCAUGUACAUAUGGGGCCUCGAAGACAAGCCAUGAAAGAGAUGUCCAUUGAUCAAGCUAAAUAUCAGCGAUGGCUUAUUAAAAACAAAAUGAAAGCCUUUUAUGCUCCAGUACAUGCAGAUGACUUGAGAGAAGGAGCACAGUAUUUGAUGCAGGCUGCUGGUCUUGGGCGUAUGAAACCAAACACACUUGUCCUUGGGUUUAAAAAAGAUUGGUUGCAAGCAGAUAUGAGAGAUGUGGAUAUGUAUAUAAACGUAUUCCAUGAUGCCUUUGACAUGCAAUAUGGAGUCGUGGUCAUUCGCCUACAAGAGGGUCUGGAUGUAUCUCAUCUUCAAGGACAAGAAGAAUUACUGUCAUCACAAGAGAAAUCUCCUGGCGUCAAGGAUGUGGUACUAAGCAUGGAGUAUAGUAAGAAAUCAGAUUUAGAUACUUCCAAACCAUCUAGUGAAAAAACCAUUACACAUAAAGAUGAGGAAGAGGAUGGCAAGACUCCAACUCAACCACUGUUGAAAAAAGAAUCCAAAGGCCCUGCUGGGCCUUUAAAUGUAGCUGACCAAAAGCUUCUUGAAGCUAGUACACAGUUUCAGAAAAAACAAGGAAAGAAUACUAUUGAUGUCUGGUGGCUUUUUGAUGAUGGAGGUUUGACCUUAUUGAUACCUUACCUUCUGACUACCAAGAAAAAGUGGAAAGACUGUAAGAUCAGAGUAUUCAUUGGUGGGAAAAUAAACAGAAUAGACCAUGACCGGAGAGCGAUGGCUACUUUGCUUAGCAAAUUCCGGAUAGACUUCUCUGAUAUAAUGGUCCUCGGAGAUAUUAAUACUAAACCAAAGAAAGAAAAUAUUAUAGCUUUUGAUGAAAUGAUUGAGCCAUACAGACUUCAUGAAGAUGAUAAAGAACAAGAUAUUGCAGAUAAAAUGAAAGAAGAUGAACCAUGGCGAAUAACAGAUAAUGAACUUGAACUUUAUAAGACCAAGACAUACCGGCAGAUUAGGUUAAAUGAAUUAUUAAAGGAACAUUCAAGCACAGCUAGUAUCAUUGUCAUGAGUCUCCCAGUUGCACGAAAAGGUGCUGUAUCUAGUGCUCUCUACAUGGCGUGGUUAGAAGCUUUGUCUGAGGACCUGCCACCAAUUCUCCUAGUUCGUGGGAAUCAUCAGAGUGUCCUUACAUUCUAUUCUUAA